UUUGCAGUGAUGUGAAGGUUACAAUUCGGCAAUUCCUUUGUGUGCCUCUAUUGUAGUGUGACGUAGAGCCUUGAAGCUUGGGGAUUCAACCUUGUAAAAGAAUGCAGUGUCCUCAAAACCCGUCUCAAUUUGGAAUCCGUCGUCAAAUCUUUCACUGUGGCGCUGACCAUGUAAAAGAAGUUCUUUAUUCUCACCUCUUCUAAAUCUGGAAAUGGAGUCCCAAAUCUUUGGCGACCUCUCAUUCAAAUCACUUCAUGUAAACGUCAAACACACCGCUCGCCGUUUCAAAUUCCCACCGGGAAAUAGUUCCCGGCGAAUAGACCCGUGCCACCUCAGCUUCUCCGUUCGAUGUGGGCCGAGUCCGACCGAGAAUGUUGAAAAACUCAGCACGACAAAGAGACGAGAUGUGCUCGUCACAUCUUUGCUCUUCCUUGGCGCCAGUGUGAUCCGGACGGCAGUGUCGAGAGCCGACGACAAUCCGCCGGAGAGCAACAUGACAGGGUCGGAGGUUCCAAGUCCGAUGCCAGCUCAAGUAGAUAAGGCGGCAGAGGAGGAGAAGAAGAAAGAGGAGGUUGUAAAUUCGAGGAUUUACGACGCGACCGCAAUCGGAGAACCGUUGGCGGUGGGGAAGGACAAGAGUAGAGUGUGGGAAAAGCUUAUGAAUAGUCGGAUUGUGUAUUUAGGAGAAGCGGAACAAGUUCCUACUCGGGACGACAAGGAAUCGGAGCUAGAUAUUUUGAAGAGUUUGAGGAAGAGAUGCGAAGAGGCACAAAGACCUAUUUCCCUGGCUUUGGAAGCAUUUCCUUCGGAUUUACAGCCACAACUCAAUGAAUACAUGGCCAAAAGUAUUGAUGAAGAAACCUUAAAGGCUUUUGUAUCACAUUGGCCACCUGAACGUUGGCAGGAGUAUGAACCCAUUCUAUAUUACUGCAACAUCAAUGGUGUACGGCUAAUUGCCUGUGGUUUACCCCUUGAGGUUCAACGAAGAGUGCAAGCAGAAGGGAUUCACGGACUUUCGAAGUCCGAUUCUAAGAAGUAUUCUCCUCCCGCCGGUUCGGGCUUCAUCUCGGGCUUUACUCCAAGAUCUUACAGAUCUUCUAUUAAUAUGAGUUCGCCACCUAACUACUCAACUCGGUUUGGAUCACAAUCGUAUCUUUCUGCACAAGCAAGAGUUGUAGAGGAAUACACAAUGUCUCAGAUCAUAUUGCAAACCAUAGAAGAUGAUGGACCAUCGGGCUUGCUUUUGGUUGUCACUGGUGGGACCCAUGUUGCUUAUGGAUAUAAGGGAACAGGGCUUCCCGCCAGGGUUUUUAGGAAGCUGCAACAGAAGAAUCAAAGUGUGAUAUUACUUGAUCCAGAAAGACAAGAGAUUAGGAGGGAGGGAGAAGUUCCCAUUGCUGAUUUUUUAUGGUACUCUGCAGCACAACCUUGUAGUAGGAACUGUUUUGAUCGUGCUGAAAUUGCCCGUGUGAUGAAUGCAGCUGGAAAAAGGAGAGAUGCCUUACCCAAGGACCUCCAACAAGGACUAGAUCUUGGACUAGUGUCACCUGAAGUGCUGCAAAACUUUUUUGAUCUGGAGAAAUAUCCUUAUAUUUCCGAAUUAACUCAUGGUUUUCAGGGUUUUAGGGAGAGAUUGUUAGCAGAUCCUAAGUUUCUACACCGGUUAGCUAUCGAAGAAGCUAUAUCUAUAACAACCACACUCUUAGCACAAUACCAGAAACGCAAGGAAAAAUUCAUGGAAGAGCUUGACUAUGUUAUAACAGAUACUGUUAGGGGAACUGUUGUGGAUUUCUUCACAGUGUGGCUCCCUGCCCCCACGAUUUCUUUUCUACCAGCAGCCAAUGACGUUAAUCUGCCUGAAAGCUUUGAAGCAUUGAAGGGUCUCUUGGGGACCAUCCCGGACAAUGCAUUUCAGAAGAGUUUUGCAGGGAAGGAUUGGGGAUUGAGCCAUAGAGUUGCAUCCGUCAUUAUUGGCGGUCUGAAAUUGGCAAGCGUAGGAUUUAUUUCGAGCAUUGGGGCAGUGACAUCUUCUAAUAUCUUAUUUGGAGUACGUAGAGUAAUAAAUCCAACUCUUGCUAAGAGUCCACAGAAUAAACGCUCUCCGUUGCUGAAAACAGCUCUUGUGUAUGGGGGCUUUCUUGGAAUAUCAGCAAAUUUGCGUUAUCAGAUAAUUGCAGGAAUAGUAGAGCACCGGAUUUCGGACCAGUUCUCUGACCAGACAUUAUUUGUAAAUAUGCUGUCUUUUGUCGUUCGUACAAUCAACUCAUAUUGGGGUACCCAGCAAUGGAUAGACCUUGCACGAUUUACAGGGCUGCAAGCACGAAAGGUUGAAGGUGACUCCCCAAAUAAUGCCGCAGUGGAAUGUCAAACGACAGAUGAAACUUACAACACUGAUGAUUCAUAAUUUCAUCAUACCAACAAGGCAACAAUCAGUACUUCAGUUUAUAUCCCCGCGUUUCAUUGCAUACCGACUGCUUCUCCACACAGAUGAUACAUGCACAUAUUUUUUGUGCCUACUAAUCGUAAAGUAAUUGUAAGUUAGUAAAUUGUCCAUAGAAAACUGUUUCAUGAGCAUUUUGUAUAGAAGGAAUUUGAUGUUUUGGUUAUCACUCAGCACUCAGCAGCCCUCGAAGUAUAUGGAAAAAGUCAAUCAAACCCUUGAACUAAAACAACACUCGAUCAACUCCAUAAACUAUAUGAAAUCAGUCAAUUUUCUAAUUUAACCAGUUUCUAAUGGGUUAGCCGGUGACGGGUGACAUGGCAUCCACGUGUCAUGGUUGUUAUGUCUUUUUUGUUUCUUUCCUUUUCAUUCUCCUUCCCCAUUUUUCUUCCCGCCAACCUCUUCAUAUUAUUUUUUCUUUGGCCCCACCUCCACCUAUCUGCUUCCUCACAUACAUAAUUCCUUCUUCCUCACAAACAGAAAUCGUUUUCCCCUCUUUUUUGCCACUUAGACCUUCAAAGGCUCAUAGAAUCUCCGGCAACUGAGCUGCCUUCGCCUUCAUCUCCGGUGGAAAUAACUUACCAGAUUAGUUUGCCCAGGAAUCCGUGGUUAAUAACCUCAAAGCAUCCGACUCUUGUGAUAGAGUCAAGCCUUGAUGGAUUUCAGGUCCAUCGAUUCUUCCUACCGGAAGUCGAGCUCCGGUGGUUCUUGAAGUAGCUUCUUCCGGGGGAACUCAGUUGGCGGACGAGUUUAAUGACUCUAAGAGGGCUAUGGAGGUCGUGGCAAAGUCGGAACGGCAACCAGAAGUAUCGGAACGACGACCAGAGGUGAUGUUGGAUAGGGAUGGAUCGGUUCUGGUUCGGGCUUGGGUCCGGCCGGGCCUCGGUUCAUGAAGGGGAGGCCCGGAACCGGCCCGGGUAACCCCCGGGUCCGGGCCGGGCCGAGCCGGGCCUCGGUUCUAAUUUUUUUGUUUGGCUUUUCCUAGUUAACCCCCAACCCUCCCCCUCACCCCCAAACCAACCCUAACCACCUCAAAUGGCCCAAAAUACCCAGCCCAACCCAAAAACUUAAAAAAAAAUUCAAAAAAAAAAAAAAUUGGCCCGGUCCGGGUCUGAACCGGCCGAGCCGGGCCGAACCUGCCGGGCCGGUUCACCUUUUGAAGGGCCCCAGCCCGGACCGCCAUCCCACCGGGCCGGGUGGCCCGAACCGGCCAACCAACCGGUUCACCGGGCCGGUCCGGACCCGCACAGUAGCGGGCCGGUCCGGUUCCGGGCCGGUUGGCCCGGCCCGAGUCCACCCCUAAUGUUGGAAUGGUGAAGGCGGAGGUGCCGGAAAUGGUGGUAAGUGUAGAUAGAUCCCAGCGUGACGGCCAUUUCUCCGAAUCUUGAGAGUGAAUUAAAGAGAACUGGAGCGGAAUUAUGAAUGGAAAGAGGGGGGGGGGGGGGGAUAAAGAAGAAGAAAGCAAGCGAGUACGUAGUGGUAUGCUUGUGCCGAAGAAGAAAGAAGUGUGGAAAAAACAAAGGGAAAACGGGGAUUUUACCGGACUGCCAUGUUAGCAAAGUGACUAGCUAACCGGGAAUCACCCGACCUGAAUACAAAUUUGACCGUUUUUAUAUAGUUCAUGGACUCAAUUCAGUGUUUUUUAGUUGGUGGGUUUAAUUGACUUUUUCGUUAUAUUUUUGGGUCUUAUUUGACAUUUUUCUCAUCUUGUUUUUAGAUUUUGUACACAACAACGGUCAAGAUAUUUUUG